CUCAAAUAAACAUCCAAAAAAAAUGAAUAAGGAAGCUUAUAAAGAUAGAAGAUUAAAUUGGCACAGGCAGUAUGCUUUACCUCAUCAUCCUAACCUCCGUGCUACCUUGUGCUGCAUACAUUACCAGAUUACCCUGCAAGCGUCAUGCAAACUUCACUAUCAUGAAACCAGACAUAAGACACACUGGGACGGUGCUCGAAACACACGCAGAUGUCAUUGCACGUGAUUGCGCUCUCUUAUGUCUCUCGCGCGAUAGCUGUGUUUGUUUCAACCACAAAAGUGACAACACGUCAUGCGAGCUGUUGGCAAGUAACUCUGGGACAGAGCAAAGCGUGUCUGGCUGGAAAUUCUAUUCAACAAACUAUGGUACCCAAAAUAGAGGUCCUGUUUGUCGUUCCUUAUCACCUUGUCACUAUAAGUCUGCUUGUAUUGACAUUUGCGAAGAUCCUGGCUAUCAAUGCCUCGCUGACCAAUUUCAAGGCAUGUAUGGAACCCCUUACCUUUACCCAGGAGAAAAUGCACCGUAUGUGGCUUAUCAUUUAGCCGAUUCUAAACCAUCAACUUUUGCCAUGACAAUUGCAGACUCAAAUUCAUUUAUGUCGUUGGACCUUGGAGCAGAAAGGUUAAUUAGGUUUGUCACCGUUUCGAUCUACGGUGAUGAACAUCUUCAGCUCAGCAUCGGAAAUACAAAUCAUAACACGGGUAAUUCAUUUUGCUCAUUGGUCCCUUAUUUGCCAAAAGUUAAGGUGGUGGUAGAAUGCGCUGAUUACCUGUCCGGGCGAUAUGUAGUGCUGCACCAUACAAGAGGCAGUUAUGUAGCUUGCUACGAUAUGAAGGCUUACGUUGACGUGUAACUUAUAACUUGUCUUAUUCUUUACUUUCGCACUUAUUUUAACGAGGUUAAUAUUGCUAGAAUAAUUUUGCAAAUUUUAGAAAUUUUCACAAAAUAAAGUCGUUCCAACGGCAAGUACAUGUAAUUCCUUUCUAUUAUAUCUAUCUUCAAACAAAAUAAAUACGUAAGAUUUUUUCUCCAUCGUAAAGUUCACAAUAUCGCGUCACAGCAAUAACAAUGGGCACUUCUUGGGAAAAAAAUAUCCCCAGAAACAUUAAGGAAUUGGGCAAAGUACUACAUUGUUGUCGAACAAGGCUUGUACUACAAGUGUCCAAUACAUAACACCAAUUGUUUUGAAAAACCCUGUAAGGUUUAACCUGUAGCUUGCUUUUAUUCAACCUCGUCUUCAGGACCUGUUAGGCUUUUUAUAAUUGGACGACUUAUAAAAAGCCUAACAGGUCCUGCGGACGAGGUUGGCUUUUAUUAUGAAACUAAUCUCAGGAAACUUAAACUUGCUAUAAGAAAAUCCAUAAAUAAGAAAGACUUUAUUUCUAGAUACUAAUAUUGUACCUUCAAUAUCAAUUUUGUGCAAAUAGUUGGUGGUGUCGUUUUAGGUGCGCUUUUUUAACGUGGAAUAAUACGAAUUUGAGCAUUGAUUAUUUAUUGUUUUAUGCCAACAUUACGAUUUAUUGUUUUCGUAAUAAAAUUUAUUUACGAGUAAUAUUUAUAAUUUUUUGUUUAGUUUUUUAAAUAAUUUGUUUCACUUUUUUAUUGACAAGAAGAAUCUUUAGCCUUUUUUUAUCAAAAACAAAGGGUUCACAGGGGCGGAUCUAGGAUUUUUUUCUGGUUAGGCAAAAUUUCAUAGAUUUUUUGGCAAAGUAAUGUCAAGGGUUGUGGUGUUGUACGAGGUAAAUCGGCCGUUUUGUGUUUUUGCUGUAAAAGGAACUAAAAUUUUCCCAAAAGUAAGGUUUUUAGUUAUUUAGAAUCCUUCUAGAUUAGAAACGAAAGUUUCUUUAUAGCCAAACAAAUAACAGUAACCCCCGUAGUUUUACCACUUUAUCCUUGUUAAAACAUGCGGAUGGAAAAUGCGUCUGGUUAGCAAAUUCGAUUUGAAACAGGGUUAGCGUUUCCAUAAUUUCUUUGAAUCACAUAUUGGUAUUAAGUAUCUUAGCAUCUUUUUUCGUUUUGCGCACAUAAUACGAGUACAAGUAAUAAGUUGGGGAUUUGCUUCAUUUCAAAACAUGCAAUAAGUCUAAUAACUAACAAUACAACAAAAAAUUACAUUACAAGACAAUUUUAGGAAUAGAUAGUCAACAGUAGUGCAACGUAGAAAUAUUGUUUGGAAAAUUAUAGUCUGUGGUAACAACCUGCAAAUGCACAAAGAAAACCAGCAUAUAAAAGAAUGAAAGAUUUCCAGUUAGACUUACAGUGUAAGAUCGCAACAUAUAAUAAACGUGUACAAAAAGUAUAUAGUAAUCACCUCUUCAUGAAGUUAAUACAGUUUAGCAUUAGGGUUACUGGUGUAGUUUUGCACCAAUUUCUAUUAAGCAUUAAUUUUAAUGCUAUGAAAUUCUCACAAGAGAAAGGCAGUUUAUUAAGCCAGAAAAGAGUUAGAAAUUAGAAAAAUAACAUCAAAACAUUUAAGAUGUCUCAUAUUAUUUACCCUUACAUGUCCCUGUCAACUAUGUUUAAAAAAUAUUUUAAUACUGUAAAAUCUUUAAGAAAGUUUUAGUAACUAUAAGCCAAUUAUGAAGAUUCUCAUAUAAAAAGCAACAUAUAUACAAAUCCUACUCAUAUCCAUAAGUUGACAUGACAUUUUGUUAGUUUACAGUCUGUAACAGAACGUUUUUUAACAUGCAAUUCUUGUUUCGAUCUGUAUAUGUUUUACGUGAAAAUCAUUUCUAUGAUUUACUUGAAUAUUCACAAGUUAUUUUGAUUGAUUUUUUUCACCAACUUUGUGGAUUAUACCAGAUAUAUAUCCAUUGUUUACAGUUUUCCAAUAUUAUAAGGAUUCAGAACAAAUCUUCUGUGUUAUUUACUUGAAUAUUCAUCAUAGGUACCAGGGUGACAUCAAAAUACAAAUUAUUUUGAUUGAUUUUUUUCACCUUCUUAGUUCCUCUUAUGAAACACAACUUUGUGGAUUAUACCAGAUAUAUAUCCAUUGUUUACAGUUUUCCAAUAUUAUAAGGAUUAACAAAUCUGUGUUCUUUUAAUUGAUGGUGAUUUUCAUUGUCAGAAGAAUAUUCAUCUUAGGUACCAGGGUGACAUCAAAAUAUCUUAUCCUAAAACAAAAUUAUAUCAAUGUAUUGCUCAGCAAGAUGAGAAUAAGAAAUAUUAUAAAACAAACUUGGAAUAUUCUUAGAUUAGGUAUUGCUUCAUUCUUUUGUUUUUAGCAAUAUUAUUACAAUUAAAAGUAACAUGGGAAAGUCAAAGAGAUCUUCUCGUGUUCUUAAAAGUUUUAAAAUGAGCAGUGGGAUGUUGCAUAUAAAAUGCACUGUUUAAAAGUUCCCACAAAGUCAAAGUUCUUAGGGACAAUCACAAUAAAAAAGUAUAUGCUAAGCGUAUAAAUUUGGCGGUAGGACGAGGUAGAAUCCUUUGACGUUUAAUUAUAUCUCAUACUGUAUACAUCGAUUUCUUAGAGAACAGAAAGAAUUAAUAACUUUUAGUGUCUACCUGCUUAGCAGGGACACAUGGAUGAGUGCUUAUGGUUUCAAGGACUGACAACAUUCAAAGAUUACCUUUUCUGAUUUGAUGUUUAGGGGAGGGAAAGGGGAUCUGCAGAUCUAUUAACAUUUAGCUUGGACUUUUGCGUUCAUGAAAGAGCUGUCCCUUAGUUAUCUUACAAGAAUGUAUUCUCUCCCAAACAGAAACAAAGAUACACAGUUGCAUAAACGGCUACACGAAGCCUACACGAAGCCAGUGACCCUUAAGACGUUAAAGAAAAAAAACUAACAAAAUUCCAACUAAUACACAUACAGGUAGCUAGUAAUACUCUAUACCGAAUUUAACAUACACAUCAAAACAUCUUUCGACCGCCAAGACAGUGUUUACAUAAAUUGCCUCCGUUAGCUAUCUCGUUUGGCAUUGGGCUUUUAUGUUUUUAAACAAUGCAUUUGAUCAAGGCCAAGUUAAAACCUUUUGUUUUGAUAAGAAAAAGAUUUAAAUUACACGUUUUGUAAGAACAUCUGGUGGUUUACCACUUUUAAGAAUAGUUCUUGACACAAAAGUGCCUAAAAUUCAGGAGCAGCUAAAACUAAAAUAUUUCAAGUAUUACUGAAUUUAUUGUCUCUUGCAGAGGAAGAUAAAGGUUUGGUUUGAGACAACAACACGGCACACGUGGCCAAAAUACUUCUCUCCAGCAUUUCCAAUCCUUUCAAUAUCUGAAAAGGUUUCCAAAUUCAAAACUUCUUUAUUUAACUUAGGUGGCAUACAAUUGCUUUAAUAUUCUAGACAUUUGAAGUGCUCCCUGCAAUUGGACCUGAUCCAGGUAAACCAUGCUGAAAAAGAAACAUCCACUCCAUGUAACCGUACCCGUGGUCGUUUUAGGCGUUUAAACUUUAAAACCCACGGACGUUUUAGGCGUUUUUUCUUCACAUUCCAGAAUUUCAUUCAUUGGAACUUGAAAACCCGCGGACGUUUUAGGCGUUUUUUCUUCCAUCUGUGAUUUUCAUUCAUUCGGAACUUUAAAACCCGCGGACGUUUUAGGCGAAUAUACAUUUUGCCUAAGAUCGCCCCGGGUUUGCUUAUUUGAGUAAAAUAAAACACGCACGCCGCGCAUCGUCAUAGUCGAAAUCGGCGGAUGCCAAAAAUAAAUUGAUAAAAAUAAUUUAGUUUUUUUUUAGAUUAUUCUAUCUAUAGAGAAUUUUUUUUCUAGUUCACAAAACUAGGCUUAGGCAAUUGCCUAGGCUGCCUAACCCUAGAUCCGCCCCUGGUUCAGAAUAUAUUCUUUUUUAUAAAGCACCAUUAUGUUAAUAAUGUACAUCUUUCGCACCCGACUACGUAACCUUAACGAGAUUUAGUGCUGAAAUCUUUUAACCUUUCCUUACCUUUAUUGGAACUUUUGACGAAAACAUUGUACUUUGAGGGGUGCUAUUGCAUAAUUUGUAAGAAAUAAUAUAUGUUUGAAAUUCAAAAAUUGGUGACAUUCAUAUAAAAGGGUUACAUGAUAAUAGACUGUUCACUAACUUCACUAUUAUUUAAUUCUGUUAGUUAUCAUGAAGUUAGACGGUGUUUCAUUUAUUAUUCCAAUGACGUCAUUAUAUUAACACAAUAUAAACUGUUUUGUCUAUUCAGACCGAAAAAUGUUACCCAAAGGAAAAAGUAUAGAUCAAGCUUGCGAGGUUGAUACUCUGACCGAGAUUAUUAUUUCUCCGAAUAUAUAGAUAAAAUAAUGGUAUUUUGUUUGGGUUUGUAGAAACCAGGAUUGUUUUCUAAACUUGUAAAAAGGUUGUAAAACCAGAAUUUAAUAAAGGAAGAAAAUAUUCGAUUCGAA